AACGAGACCGGCAUACGCUGGAAACGCCGACUGGUUGGCUGAAUUACGUGCUCCGUGCUCUGUUCGUGAUUUAAUUGACGUUCCCGUUAGUGCAGCCUUUUAAAAGUGUCUUCAGCAGUACGCCGCGGCUCGCGGGCCGUCUAAACAUGACUACGAACGGCGUGUCCGACGGGUUCGAACGGUUCGCUAAUUGCUACCGGUUUCGGUGACGGAAAGUGGUCGGCUCAAAAACGCUUCUUCUGGUCGCGCUCGACUCUCGUUUUCCGAGAUUUUCAGAGCCCGGCCGGUCGAACGGGGAGGAGGAGGAAACGGUGGCGAUGAAAAUCGAGAAUUGAACGGGUGUCCAAUCGAACGGGGGCCCCGCGGAUUGGUGAAGUCCGCGAGGAUGCCGAUGGAAAUCGAGCGUUGACCGGCCGCGAGCAACAUGGAGGCCGCGACGGCGGCGUGCGGCAAGAAGCCCGAGCGCCGGUCUACGCGAUCGUCGACCUCGAAGAAUCGGUUUUCGUCACGAAACACGCGCUCGGAAGCUUUCUACGCCGGCGCGGAACCGUUAUCCGUUCGACGCGCGUUGCAUAAUUCCGCCGGCCCAGACCCAGAUACAAAUUCCGCUCCAAAUUCCAGCGGAUCGGCGGAACGCGCGAGGAGGCACCAGGCUUCCGGCCGCGCGAGGAACCUGGACCCAGGUGCCGGGCUGGACGUUGGUCCGAGGGCCGAGAGAUCGGCCAAUCAGGAGGUGUUCCACACCGUUCCGAGAGACUUGGCGGUGUCGCGGAAAGACAUCCUGAGAAGGUACAGCAAGGACGAGAAGGAUGGCGGCGCGAGGUUUUCGGAAGCGUUGCGUCACCGAUGGCGGCGGACCGCGGACGUUGACAAGGAUCAGGAGAGGCCCAAGACCCUGCCCUCGAUAGCGAAGAGAUCGCAGAGGGAGCCGGGUAGGGUGGCCCAGGCUCCUCAGGGAUUCCGCAAGAUCUCGCGACAAGACAUUCUGCGCAGAAGAGCCAGCGUGGACGCGCCAGUCGGCGGUUCUCGUGGUAGGAGUCGCGUGGAGGAGACGCUAGAAAGUUCAGAGGCGAAAGGUGGCACCUCUUCCAGUUUCUCGAGGAGCGUCCCGCGACCGAGGAUCGGUAGGUGGGGCAGAGAGGACGAGAGAGAGUCCAGGUCAGUCUGUGAUUUCCUGGCAGUCGCCAGCAAGCUGCAGGACGUCACCAGCGGCCUUGUGCCCAGACCGUCGACCUUGCCCAAGAUACUCCACGCGUCGAGAGAAUCGCGCUUCGCGGAGGACUGGGCCAGCCCUAGGCUGGCCAAGGACGCUGUCAGGAAGGAGCCGCCCGUUUACGGGAGGAUACGCAGGAGGAAGACGUCCUUGCCCACGAACACCGGGACACCUCGCAGCUCCCAGUCGUCCCUGAACACGCUGACCAGAUACUCCAGACCAGGGAACACGCUCGUCAGAGAGAGAGCCGUGGACGUCGAGUUCAGGACGACCACCAGACACCUUCGGGACCCUGUCCCGGACGCGCCGUACCAAUCGGCCACGUUGCCUCUCGUUGACAUGAGAGGAAGCCCCCAGCGGAAUGCCCUUUACGCCAAAGUGUCUCGGAAAACGUCGAAGAGUCUUCAGAGAUAUGAUAACAAAGCUGAUCCGAAAGAUGGUGGUGACGGUAGGCACGAGGUUCGCGUAGACUCCGGCCACAGGACCAUGUCGCGCAGGAGGAUCAUCGACAACAUGAAGGGCGAGAACGCGUACGAGGAGCAGAACAGCUCCAGGACCGAGGACUCCGCGGAUUAUCGCUCGGAGAGUCAGUCCUAUCAGGGCAAGGACUUCGAUGCUCACGAGAACAGGAACCUGUGUGAAGUGGACAGUGACCGAUUGAAGGAACCUAGUGCGUUAUCGCGUGGAAACGGCUCGAACAGUAUGGAAUACCGAUCCGAUGGCAAUUGGACCAAGUCCAGGGAGGCGACCAAGUACAGGUCCAAGUCCCAGAGCAGGCUGAUAGAUAACUACCGCGUAAAUCAACGGGAGGCUUGCGCAGCCAACAGGCUGGCCACGACUCUUCCCAGUUAUGUGAAAAGCUCGAGAAAGUGUUCGAACGAGAGGCCGCCAGGGACCGAGUGUCAUAGGAAGCUGUCCAAAGAAACUGGUAUCUCGUCGAAACAGAGCAAGGAGAGAUCGAACUACGUGAAGAAGUCCGCGGCCAGCCACGUGAAAGCUUUCAACGACGCGAACAGCGCCCGCUCGAACUCGCCCGUAACGACAUCAUCGAUUUUCGGAUUCUGCACCGGCAAGAGGAAAGUUCAGUCGCCGAGUGCCAGUGCGAGAAAGGACGAAAGUGCAGCGUCCUAUCCGACUUGGAAUGUGAGAACGGGAGAGUUGGUGUGGUUCGACCCCGGUGUCGGCCACGUGCUGCCAGGCGAGGUUUUGGAGUACCACAGAGCCGCCAACGUGCUCUCCGUGCAAGCGGUGAUCGCCGGCAAGCCGCAAAUUUUCACUCUCACCAAUUUGAGCGGGGUGAAGCCGAGACAGGAUCUUGGCCAAAAUGGGGUCGAAGACAUGAUUCAGUUGACCGAUCUCAAUGAAGCAUCUUUGCUGUGGAACUUGAAAAUUCGUUACGACAAGGAGUUAAUCUACACGUACACGGGUAGCAUCUUGGUGGCAGUGAAUCCCUACAAAAUGUUUGACAUUUACGGUCUGGACCAAGUGAAACUCUACGAAGGACGAAUACUUGGGACACUACCACCUCACCUGUUCGCCGUGGGAUCGUCGGCCUAUAGUCAAGUAACAGCUGCGAAUAAUGCUAGCGCGAACCAGGUGGUCGUUAUUUCUGGCGAAUCUGGCUCGGGGAAAACGGAGUCCACGAAACUCGUGAUGCAGUAUCUAGCCGCUGUUAAUCGGGCACCGAACAAUCUGGUCACUGAGCAGAUCCUCGAAGCGACGCCAUUACUAGAGAGCUUUGGAAACGCGAAGACCCCGAGGAACGACAACAGCAGUCGUUUCGGCAAAUAUUUGGAGGUUUAUUUCAGGGACGGAGUGAUCGUAGGCGGGAGGAUAACCCAGUACCUGCUCGAAAAAAGCAGGAUAGUCACGCAAGCUUCGGAAGAAAGGAACUACCACGUGUUCUACGAGCUUCUGGCUGGCUUGGACCAGCAACUCAGGGACAAGUACGGCUUGCUGACGCCGGACAAAUACUUCUACCUGAAUCAGGGUGGAAAUUGCGAGAUCGACGGAAAGAGCGAUGUCCAGGACUUCAAGGCCCUUUUGUCCGCCAUGCAAGUGUUAGGAUUCACGUCCGAGGAGCAGGACACGAUCUUCAAGAUCCUCGCUAGCGUGUUACACCUGGGCAACGUGUAUUUCCAUCGGAAACAGAUGAGACACGGCCAGGAAGGAGUGGAAGUUGGCUCGGACGCCGAGAUACGCUGGGCGGCUCAUCUCCUUCAGGUGAACUCCGACGGGAUCAUCAGAGCGUUGACCACCAAAACCACGGAGGCGAGAAACGAGAGGGUCUUCACGGCGCUGAAUAUCGAUCAGGCCCUGGACGCCAGGGACGCCUUCGCCAAGGCUUUGUACAGCUCAUUGUUCUCCUGGCUGGUCGCGCGCGUCAAUCACAUCGUCUACAAGGGCACCAAACAGACCGCCGCCAUCUCGAUCCUAGAUAUAUUCGGGUUCGAGAACUUCGCGGAGAACAGCCUCGAGCAGCUGUGCAUCAAUUACGCGAACGAGAAUCUUCAGUUCUACUUCAACAAGCACAUAUUCAAGCUGGAGCAGCAGGAGUACGCGAAGGAGAAAAUCGACUGGACUACCAUCAAUUACACGGACAACCUACCAGUUAUUCACCUAAUCGCGAAGAAGCCGGUCGGCAUUCUGCAUCUGUUGGACGACGAGAGCAAUUUUCCCAAAGCGUCGGACCUCUCUUUCCUCGAGAAGUGUCAUUACAAUCAUGCCCUCAGCGAGUUGUACUCGAGGCCGCGAAUGAAUUCAGCGGAGUUCGCGAUCAAGCAUUAUGCCGGCCAAGUUUGGUACAACGUCGAAGGUUUCCUGGAUAAAAAUAGAGACACUCUGAGGCCGGAUGUGGUAGAAUUAUUAAUAAGCAGUAAAAUAUCUAUGGUCAGCAAAAUGUUCCAGCACGUAAGGACAACGCACGAGGCUAACAAAACGAUGAAUAAACCAAAUGGCAGAUUUGUCACCAUGAAACCUAGAACGCCGACUGUGUCGGCCCGGUUUCACGACAGUCUGCAACAGCUUCUGGACUCGAUGUCGCAGUGCAACCCUUGGUUCGUACGGUGCAUCAAGCCGAACACAGAAAAGGCGCCGAUGAAGUUCGACAUGCCCUGCGUUCUCGAGCAAUUACGUUACACUGGGAUGCUCGAGACGAUUCGUAUUCGAAAAACUGGCUACCCGGUUAGGCUGCUGUUUGGACACUUCGUCGACAGGUACAGAUACCUGGUGUCCACUCAUUUGCCUAGAGGAGCGCCGAACAAGGAACUCUGUCGCAUUAUUUUGGACAAAGCUGCAUCGAAAGAGGCGCAGUCUCAGUAUCAGCUGGGUCUGACUAGAGUGUUUCUGAGGGAGUCGUUGGAGAGAACUUUGGAGUACAAUCGAGCCCUCAUUUUGGAGAGAGCUGCCAUUACUGUUCAAAGAUACACGAGAGGAUUUCUCGCGAGAAGGCGGUUCCUCAACAUCUCAAGGAGCACAGUGCUGAUUCAAGCUGUUUACCGUGGUUAUCGUGAGAGAAAGAAGUUCAGGGCAACGAAGAGAGGGGCGCUCAUGGCACAGAAGAUGUACCGAGGGAAGAAACAACGCGAGAAGUUCAAAGUUCUCAAGGAAGAGAUGACGAAGAGGGCGGAAAUUGAGAGAGCAAGCAAGGAACGUGCGAAAGCGAAACAGCAAAGGGAGGAGCAGGAGAGAACGUCGAGAGCUGUGGCUGGUGUCAAUCACUUGGAAAUACCUGCCGAGCUCGCCUUCAUUUAUAGCAAACUCGACGAUUGGCAGCCCACUCACACGGAGAGGAAUCUGCUGAAAGUAGUCGGCCAAGUGAUCCCGGUGCACUACAAUUACAGCCUGCCACCGGACAUCGAUCAACACCAGUUCUCCAAAUUCACGAACAUUUACUUCAAAAGCCACAUAUUCGGGAUGAAACGGGAACCGAUAAAGACGCCGUUCCUGACGAAAGCCCGGGACCAGGACUACACGGACUCGUUAAUGAUCUUCAAGAUGAUCCUGCGGUUCAUGAACGAGAAUAAUCUGAGCGGCAAGCGGGAGCAAGCGCUCGGCGAUUAUAUCGUGAACAAAGGAAUCGUCAAUGAGAAGCUACGCGAUGAAAUCUUGUGCCAGCUGGCCAAUCAAACGUGGAAAAAUGAGAACGACGCGAACAAAGAGAGAGGUUGGCUGUUACUAUCGAAUUGUCUGUCGGCGUUCCAGCCGAGUCCCACCUUGUUCAAGUACUUUCUCAAGUAUGUCUCCGAUCAUGCGUACGACGGUUACAAAGCUUACUGCCAGAGGAAGCUUCUGCAAGGCGAGAGAACGAUAUUUAGGAUAAUGAGCAACAAUCAACAAAUUGUGCAUCACGUACCGAGGAAUUAUCCGCCUUGCGUGCUGGAAUGGAGAGCGAACAGGAAUCGCGUCAACAUGGCGCUCAGCGUGGGAUUCUAUGAUGGUGAGACAGUUACCUGUGCCGUGGACUCAUGGACAACCUGCGAGGAAUUGGCAAAUCUCGCGGUCCACAAUCAUGGCGUCGACAAUUCCGGCUGGACGAUCACUCUAUGGAAUCAAUUGGACGGCCCGGACGCUAUUGUUACGGAAACCAAUGGCUUCGACUACGUCCUCGACUUAAUCUCCGAAAUGGAGCUAGCGCCAGCUUUCCCAGCUGCUAAACACAUGUUCCUGGAGCAGCGGAAGAACAGUUUCCCGCCUAUUAAGAAACGAGAACAUACGCAGAUCAUUCGAGAAUUGGAGCAAGAAAUAGAGCCACCGGUGUUAAAGACCUUCCAACCUCUUGAACGGAAACCUGUGCCGAAGGUUGUCGAUAAACCUGUCGAACCGGAAAUCCAGUCGCCCAGGAGACCUGCUGUUCCGCCACCGCAACCACCAGUUGCGAAACCAUCGGUGAGGAAACAGUCUCACGAGGCGAUAUUGGAAACAACGGCGGCGACAGGAUUGUCUCGAAAAUCGGCCCUCAACGACAGAUACUUCGAGAGGGAAAAGCAGCGCAGUCGCAGUUUGGACAAUCUUCUCCAACCGGAAGUGGUGUUGCCACCUGUGAAACUAGCGAAUCUCGGAUUAUCGUCGUCGAAGUUGAACGAACGUUAUCACAGCUUGGAAAGAAUCGGGGAGACGUCUGCUGUCAGCAACGUGGAGUACAUGACGAGGUCCGAAAUCACGCAGGAAAGGAAAUACAGCAGGAUAACGAGGUCGACGGAGCCGAACAUCGAGGAGGAGGAUCUGACGAUCGAUUUCGAGUACCCUGAUAUCCAAUCGGUUAGCCAGACCGGAAGAUCGGAGGACGAUAAGAACAGCUACAUUAGGUCGCAGACCAGGUUCAUCAAAUCUCAGUAUCCCGGUAAACGAGCGCUACCGGGCAGCCAAUCGAGUCGAGCCUACAUCGAGAAAAGCGAGUACGGUGUGAAAUCGUCCGCCAUGUCUGACACGAGCGAAGCUCCCUCCCUGGCGUCGCACGUCAGACGCGUCAGGGUGCCUAGUCAGGCUUCGGAUGUGGAUCAGUUCUUGGACGAGUUGUUCAUGCCGGUUCUGGACGGGAAUCUCGACGAGUUGUCGGACGCUAGGAGCUUGGCAGCAAGUAUCAAGGGCACCGGCGAUCACAGGGGUCAGGGCGACGGUGUUCUCCUCGAUACCCUAAAAGCUAGGGUCGUCGACAGAGCUCGGACCGACGCAACAAGCGUCGAAAACGUUCGGGACUUUAUGAAACUGAUGUUCAGCGGCUGCCAAGAUGAACCCAUCUCUGCGACAGAGCUGUCCAGGAAGAUCAAAGGUGGCGGUACUAUAGACACGCCUGAUCGGCAAACGACGAUCUACGACACGAUUCAGGACGACGAGCCGGGCAUCGAGAACGUCCAGGAUUUCAUGGAACUGAUGUUCAGCGGGUCCCAAGAUGAAGCGAUCUCGGCGACAGAGCUGUCCAGGAAGAUCAAAGGCGGAGGUAACAUGGACAUACCGAACCAGAACACGACCUUCAACUUCGGCGCCAUCACGCCGGGGAUGAUGUCCCCGCCCAUGAUGAUGCCAAUGUUUAGCGCGUCGCAGCAAGUGCCGCCGCCGCAGAGCACGAGCAUGAACAUGGGCGCCGGCUUCAUGCCGAUACCCAUUUACAGCAUGCAGGGUCUCAGCCUGCCGCAGUACCCUAACUCCCCGCCGAGCCAGAACAACGACAUGAUGGCGUACCAGCAGAACCUCCAGAGGGCCUUCCUCCAGAGCGCCAUGGCGCAGAACAUUCAGAUCCAGCAGCAACUGUUGGCGCAGAACCAAGCCCUGCAGCAGCUGCUGGUGCAGAGUCCGAACUCUGGACAGCAACCGGGCACGGCGUUGUCCGCGGGCCCCUCCAGUAUGAAUCUUGUCCCCCCAGCCCCCCAAAACGGUGCCCAAAUGGGGCCCAAUGAUUCUAUUGGACGCUACUCCAAGGUGUCGUUUAGGGAGCCGGAAGAUGGUGAACUAUGGUCGACGGAGAAGCAAGGCGCGCCGGUUCAAUCGUCGACGGCCAGCCAGCGUCAGGAAGUGACGGUCAAGGCUCAGAUCCACCGAUCUCAGAGUCCGCCCAGGAAGAACUCCGAAAUAGUGAGAAAAACUAGCGUAGAAUAUGCUGUCAGGAAAGUCAGCGUGGAUAGGAAAGUAGCCGACAAGAAGGUCACGGGUCCGGCAGACCCCAAGAGGUCCAGUUCCAACAAGAACAACGUCCAAAGUAACUUCACGAACGUGUUGAGCGAACUGAAGAACCGCAAGAGCAGCGUCGACAGCAACUUGUCGAACUCGAGCAACAAUAAGGGUGUGCCGCCCCCGCCGCCUAUGCCACCACCUCUGGAGUCGCAUGAUCCAUCAGAAUCGAGACCGUUCCUUGAUCCUUAUGGCAGGGCCAAAACCGUUCGAAUUGGGAAAUGGAGGUGGCCUCCGCCAAGCGACUCGAACGAAAACCAGAGUCAAGACAGCUUCAUAGAGUUCAAGAUGCGCCAGCAGCAACAGCAGCGCAAGAUCACGCCGCAAUUCGGAGAGUACAAUCAGGGAGACGGCGAGCCGAGCACGGAGGGCGCAGUUGAAUGGGAGGAAUUCGAAAUUGAGAAUAUCGUUGGCAACGACGAGAGAACGGUAGUGACUCAUACGCCGGUUCCCGCGGCUAAGCACGAGAACGGAUACAAGGAGGAGGGGGAGAAGAAAAAGAAGAAAUCCAAGUCCGCGCUGGAGGUAGGCGCGCAGAGGCCUUCCCCGGGCAGCAUUGGCAAACUGAAGCUUAGUUCCGAGAUGAGGCAGAGACUGGAGAAGGUGACGGCCAAUCACAGUGUCAGAUCGACGAAAACUGCUGAGAAACCGGCGCUGCCGCGAGACGACGACAAGGUGAAGCGGCUCGAGGACAACAGGAAGCUGCUUCUCGAACAGCAAUUGGGAGGUCGAUGGGACGAUUAUGCAUCCACGGCGGAUGACACGCAGAGCGUCACUUCGAAAGGCACGACGGACAUGAUGACUCAAGCUCAAGUAGUCAGGACGCAGAUCGAGAGGAUGGAGAGGCCCGUGCCACCCCCGCUUCCGGUGACGCCUCCGCAACCCCCUAGUCCUAGAGGCGGAAGCAUGUACAGUAACAGUCAGUCCAGCGUGCCGCAACCAAGAUCGCCGCCAGCCCCAAUCGAGCCGAAAACUCGGGACACUUUCAGGGCGUCCCCAGACUCGGAGACUUUCGACCACUUCGCGAAGGCACAGCGCGACAUGUUCAGCCACAGUCGAGACAUAUUCGCGUCCCAGCAGCACCUGAGAGAGGCCCACGAGUACAGAAACGACUUCGACAAGGCUAGGUCCCAGGACCAGAAGUCCAAGGACUUCUACAGCAAGGACAGCACCGACAUGGCCAGCUCUGCCCGGGACAGGAGCUCGGACUUCGACUCCCGCCGGGACUUGAACUCGGACAUUUUCGACCCUAAGUAUGCCAGAGACAUAUUCGAGAACUCGAGCUCGAAGAGGGAUCCCUUCGGCAUGACCAGAGACGUCUCCCCGAAGUCCAGAGACAGUUUCGGUAUGCCAUCGUCCAGGGACUUCGGCGUCAUGCCGAACACGAGGGAAUCCUUCGCGGUUGCUCGCCAGAGCUUCAAGAAGAUGGACCGCGAAGUGGACAGAAGAUCCAGCGUCGCGUCUACCCAUCGCACCGACAAGAUGGAGAGGAUCGAGAUCGAGGAGUGGCCCGAGUUUCUUAGACCUGUUCUGCCACCGGCCGAUAAGCCGGAGAUAGAGAAGGUGCAGGAAGUGAUGAACACCAAGCUCUAUCCCCAGACCUCCACUGCCCACUUCACGUACAAUCGAGUGACUUGGACGCUGAGGGUCAAGAAGGAGGUGUUCGCGCCGAACGAGACCCUCAACAGCCCUCUAGCACUUCACCUGGUCUUCUGCCAGGUCGCUUACGACGUCCUCGCCACGUCCAGCAUCAGGAUCACUAAAGAGGAUAGGCAGAACAUGCUGAAGAUGCUGGACAAUUACGGUGUCACGCUGGACAACCUGCAGAGCACGCAGCACAAGAUCACGAUCAAGAAGAACGUCGUCGACAUGGCGAAACAAUGGCCGCUGUACUUCGCCAGGAUAUUUCCUGUGUCGAUCGGUCCCCAGCAUCCGGAGACCCAGCACGUGGCAGUCUCUCAUCACGGUCUGCGGCUUGUGAAACGCACUCCGCAAGGCGAUCUGGUCAUCCUGGAGACUCUGCCUCUGGAGGACAUCGUUUCCGUCAGUUCUCCACGGGCUGGUGUCUGCGUCAUGCAGAUCGCGUCGGGCGUUAGGCUACCUUUGCAUACGAACCGGGCGCCGCAGUUGACGGAGAUGAUCAGCAAUUACAUCAGACUGGUCGAUCAGAAGCCGCUGCACAAGUCGAACCACCACGAGAAUCACGUGUCCCAGAUCACAAAAUCGAUUCAAUCGCAGGCGAACCACGGUUCGUUGAAUCAUGUCCAGUCCCACGGCCAGUCUAAUCAUGUUAUCUCGAAUCACGAGAACCACGUGCCUGCGAGUCGUGUGCCGAACCACGUGUCGGCAACGAACCAGACGAACCAUCAGAAAAACCAGCAGAACCAGCGGCUCAGCCCUAACCAGGAAUGGCGGCAGCCGGAAGACAACGGCAGACUGCAAGAAGAUGGCAUCUACGAGAGCGGGCCGGUGGUGAACGAUGGAAAGCACUCGCUUUUGCAGUACGCCAUGUUGAACUUUAGACAGAGCACUGAAAAAUUCGAGAUGAUGAAGACCGCGGAUGGCUCCAUAAGCGGCUCCCUGAAAGUCAUCGAGUCGCUCAAGAGCAAAAAGAAGAGCAAGAAGAGUAAAGGUCAACAAGAUGGCGCGGAAUGGACCUGGAAGGAACAGGUGGACCUCGUCAAGUACUCCCCUGUGCCAAUAGAGCAGAGUCUACUCAGGCUGGACGCCGAUCUGAGUGGUCUAGCCGUCGAAUGCUUCCUUUGCUUGAUGAGGUACAUGGGCGACCAACCUUUGCCACCGGACACCAGCGAGGUCAAGUGCGUUUAUACGAUUCUGAUGCACUGCCACAAAUACGAGCAACUCCGUGACGAGGUCUAUUGCCAGCUGAUGAAGCAGACGACAAACAACAAAAGCCCGAACCCGGACAGUUGUCAGCGCGGUUGGAGGAUCUUCAGUAUCGUCGCUGCCUAUUUCACCUGCAGCGACGGCUUGAGGCCUUACUUGACCAAAUACCUGGAAACGGCGGCGUACGACAAAAGGAGAGCCUAUCAUGGCACCGCAACGGUGUGUUUACAGAAUCUUAGGAAGACUGUUAAGUACGGAGGAAGGAAGAAUGUACCGAGCGUCGACGAAAUCAUGGCGAUCAGCGCGGGUAGAAACGCGAAGAGGCAGAUCUAUAGAUUGCCAGGUGGUACCGAGAGGGUCAUCAAUACCAAGUGCACGACGGUUGUACAGGAUGUCAUCGAAGAAAUGUGUAACAUAAUAUCCGUGAGACAUCCCCACGAAAUGGACGAAUUCUCGUUGUACUGCAUCGUUGAUGGCGACGCAUUCACCAUGCCCUUAGCCAGAGACGAAUACGUGCUGGAUGUAACGACCGAGCUCCACAAGAAUCAUCAAGUAUUCUAUUUAAUAUUCUGCAGAUCCGUCUGGUACUACCCUCUCAGAUUGGACGCACCACUGUACAUAGAAGUUGUUUUCAACCAAAUCGCUCCGGAUUAUCUGGAGGGUCUUCUUCUAGUUCUGCCUGGCGACCAUUUACCUCAAGAAGUCGUCUACGACAUGGCACAAAUAGCAGCCCUGCUGCACAGAGCAGCAGACAUGACGCACGAGCCGACCACGAAAGAAAUCAAAUACUUGUUGCCAAAGCCGGUGCUCAGUUUGAGAGAGCCACGACCGCAACAAUGGUCGAACAUGGUUCAGCAAGCGUGGAACAAUGUGCAACAUAACACGGUUGCCGCCUGUAAGGCGCAAGUUCUCGAAAUUUUGUGGAAGUGGCCGCUGUUCGGAUCCAGUUUCUUCGCCGUGAAAAGGGUGCCCGAAGGGAAAGAGAAGGGCGGCGAUCACAUUCUGGCGCUCAAUAGACACGGCGUGCAUUUCAUUGAUUUAAUCACACACGAGACGCUGCAUCACUAUCCCUAUUCUGAAGUAAUCUCCACCAGGAAGGUGAAAUCUGAGGAAGGAACCCUCUAUUUGGACAUGAAAUGUGGCAAUCUGAUGCAGCAACGAAUCACCAGGCUGCAAACAGAGCAAGCCCACGAGAUCUCUCGGCUGAUUAGACAAUACAUUACCAUGGAACAAAGGGCGACCAACAAUCAGGCAACUGGGAUCGGGUUUGGAAUGAGAUAAGGCCCUCGAAUUUUCCUCCUGAUUGAUUAAUUGAUCAUCAAUUGUGUGUUGUACAUAUCUGUUCAAAGGGAGGAAAAGGGUGGAAACGAAGCAAAGAAAGAAAUAACCAAGAAAACUCUAAUCUUAGAACAUUAGAGUGAACUAAACACCAUGAAUCGAUAAUUAACAAGACACUCUAUGCUUCUCGCUCCUAAUUAAUCUUUCGCAGAAACGAGAAAACAACUCUCCAAAUCUGCAAGGGAGCAGGAAACAAUCAAUAGCAAGCCAAGUCAACAUUGUGUUCAAGAAUGAUUGAUCGUGGUUCACGAAGACCUCAAAUUUCGCGUUUUGCUCUUUUGUUAUUUAUUUAUUAUCGAAGGCAGGUAUUGUAAAAAUGAGAUGGAGAGCCAUUCGGACGUUGAAAGUUUUCGGAUUUGUAAAUAUGUUUAGAGAGUCUCUGUAGCAAAAAACGAAGAACGCGAGAUUUGCCACGAGCAGGGAAGAAGAGCAACUCACAACUGUCAUUGAAAAUAUAUGUCUGAAAGUCCCAUAUACUUCUCUCUCAUUAUGAGAAUGCUUUUGUCGACGUUGAUACAUUAAUUAUUAUUUGAAAUGAUAAUGCACGAUCGAAUAAUCAACCGAUCCAUCGACACAAAUGUAUCGACGGAUAAGACAACCGAGAUCAACGGACCGUUUUAAAUGUUAUCAUAGAAUAAGACGAUCUAGUUACGCCGGAAUCGGUUUCCGAGACGGGAACCAUCUUCUUCGGCAACGCGAGCCAACCUGUGUACGUAACAAGGUGAACGUUGACGCACCGAAGACGGUAGGAGAAGAAGAACGAAUGCUCAAGUAUCUAAGCAAUUAUUCUCGGCUCUGUAAAUACGCGUUUAGUAAACGUUUUAGACGGGAGAAUCUGAUCGCGAUCGAAGGAGAGAUCGACGGUCCUGCCUGCGAAACGGAGAAAACGUUGGCAUAACGUUUUUGCGGUUUGUUCGCGAGAAAACAGAGCAGGACGCGUCGACACCCUCGGCCGACGUUGCGCCCUCCGAUUGAUUUCUUUUUCUUCUCGAUCGUGACGGUGAAUUUCGACCGGAUUAAUUGAUCAGUUAAUUAAUUAGCGGUCACGUUGGUCAAAUGUUGCAACGGAGCCUCGAUGUAGAGUUGAUUUAUUUAUAUGAAACGUAAGAAAAAGAAACAAUACGGUACACGAAUGAUUAUACUUAAUGUAAAUCCGUUUGAAGACUAAUGUUUAACGAGUACAGUUUUUGAAGGAGACUAACAAGUUGCGGUUACAUGUUAUCUUAAGGAGACAUUAUUAUUAAUAACUGUACGUAUUGCGUAUCGAUGCGAACGGAGGUGUUAAACUUUAUAUUAAAAUUUCUACAUAUACGAA